AUGCCGGGUGCCGCGCCCGCAGCCCCGCGCCUCUGGCUCGGCGCGGCCGUGCUGGGCUUGCUGGCGGCGGCCGGGGCCCGCCGGAGAGUUCUAGAAUGCUUUCCUGGUGGACAUCAGAUCCUGCAGAGCCCUUACCGAAGUGUGCAUUUUGAUUCAUCCCACCUCCAGCAAUCAGCUAUUCAGGAUUUAAUCUGUGACCAUUCCCUGGCUCCAGGAUGGUAUCGCUUCAUGAUUUUUGAUAAGCCUGCUGAGAUGCCAACCAAGUGCGUGGAGAUGAAUCACUGUGGGACUCAGGCCCCUGUCUGGCUGUCUCUGAGGGAGUCAGAAUCCAUGCCUCGACCUGGUGAGAUGAAGCAGUUAACAGCUUGUGCUACAUGGCAGUUUUUCUUCAGCACUUCCAAAGACUGCUGCCUGUUCCGAAUCCCUGUCAGGGUCAGGAACUGUGGGGAUUUCUUUGUUUACUUUCUGCAGCCCACCCAAGGGUGCAUGGGGUAUUGUGCAGAAGUUGUUUCAGAUGCAAAGCCAAAGACCUGUGAUCCUGAGGGAAUGGAAAUCGAAGGCAUCUGUAGCAGUAACCUGGCUCCUACAUCAUCUCCAUCUGUGUCACCACCACUUCCAUCUGUUCCUGAAGUUGUAGCAGAGAUGAUCAAAGGCAGUAUCUACCUAAGGUGUACCUUUGGUAUUCCUUUUGCAAACAGCUCUGUUGGAUUCAUUGUCACUUGGUCAAGACUUUCUCCUGAAGGUGUCAAAGAAGAACUUACACAUGAAACAGCAGUUCGUACCUUCUCACUUCUAGAACUUGAUGGGAUAAACAUCAGACUUGGAGACAGAGUCUACUGUAGCAGUUCUUCUUUUUUCAUGGAGAAGCCAGAUAUACAAAGCUCUUCAGUUGAGAGCAAGGAGUUUUUUGCUGGAAUUAAGAUACAUCCAGAAACAUAUGAUAUAUCAGAAGAUGGGAAGGAAUACAGACUGACAAUAGAAAGUACCAUUCCUAUUCCUUGUCCUGAAUUUAGCCAGCUAAAAAGUGACUGCAAAAUCUCAUUAACAUUAAGCAGUGUUGAUGAAGGUAAAGAGCAGUUAGGUCUAAAUUUGGCUCUUUCUUCUUGUCAUGUGGAUCUUCUCCAGAAAUCCUGCAAUGAUGGAAUCUGUAGUCAAGCUGUAAUUUAUUUCAGUGCUGUGACAGACUUCAUGCAGGAUGGAGACAGGAUUACCAGAAUUGCAGUCGAACCUGUAUCCAGUGAGAAUUUCCUGUGGAAUGGCUAUGUUCCAGAAAGCACACAGAUUACAGUUAAGGAUCUACCCAUUGCCUACUGUUACUCAUUUACCGACCCUCAUAUAAUUACUUUUGAUGGAAGAGUCUAUGACAAUUUUAAAACAGGAACAUUUGUUCUCUAUAAGAGUACAUCUCGAGAUUUUGAAGUUCAUGUUCGCCAGUGGGACUGUGGAAGCCUUCACUACCCAGCAUCCUGCAACUGUGGCUUUGUUGCUAAGGAAGGAAGUGAUAUAAUUGCAUUUGACAUGUGCAGUGGUCAGCUCCAUGAAUCACAGCCACACUUAUCUGUAAUAAACAGAGACACAACAGGAAGCAAUGUCAGAAUCACUGAAUCCUACCUAGGAAGAAAAGUAACAGUUCUGUUUUCUUCUGGAGCUUUCGUUCGUGCUGAUGUGAGUGAAUGGGGGAUGAGCCUAACGCUUAGGGCACCCAGUUCAGAUUACAGACAUACAGUGGGACUCUGUGGCACCUUUGAUGGAAAUGCAGAGAAUGACUAUCACACUGCAAGUGGCAUGGAAAUCCCAAACCAUGCUAAUGUUCCUUUUUCUUUUAUUAAGGAAUGGAGAAUUUUACCAGGAGAGAGCUUGUUUGACAAGACACCUGCUUUGUUAACAUCUUCUAGAAAAAUGUUCUUCUGUGACUGUACACUUGAAGAUGCUGGAUUAUAUCAACCAGCAAACAAUCUGGAGACAGUUACUCAGUCAGAACCUCCUCUGUCGUGUAAAGAAAGUGAAAAUGGUAGAUUUCUUUCUUUGAUACCAGGACUGGAUGUCACUGCUGAGUAUCUUGGUCCUGCUGAUCUUGUCAGGGGCUUAAAGAAACGUUCGUCUACACAUGAAAUGGAUUCAUCUACACUUCUGCAGAGGCAGAAUAAUCAAACCAAACUUCACAAAAAAUCGCUAUUAAACUCACGGCACUCUGCCAUCUCAGAGGGAAAUACUGAUACAGAAAGAGAGGGAAGUUCAAGCUUAGACAUUAGGAGGAAUUCUCACUAUUACAGCAGUCAUUUUCACAAAACUCAAUCUGCUACAAGUAGAGGGAAGCGCCAAAACUAUUAUGAAUACCAUCCAGUAUUUGUCUUCCAGAGUCUCAGCCAAACAGAUUUAGAGGGAUAUAGUUAUUUUUUCCCAGAGGACCAUGCCACUGACACAGAUGAAAAGCUCCUUCCUUCUUGGCCCACACCUUCAGGCCUUACUGAAUCUAGUGCUCUGUUCCUGUGCCAGCAGGCAGUAGCCAAUUCCAGCAUAGGAAGGUCCUGUGGUGCCCUCCUUGGCCAGCGAAUAGGGGAUGCCAUCGAUAUGUGCCUUAAAGAUCUGCUGCUGAAAGAUGACCUCAGCUGGGCAGAAGCUUCCUUAGCUCUGCUGGAGAAUGAAUGUGAGAAAAGAAUUUUCGAAGAAAUAAAUUACAGCCCACAGGAACUUGAAGAGUCAGUUGAGAGCCUGCUUACUGCUCUGAAGUGUCCCAGUCUCUGUAGUGGUAAUGGAGAAUGUACCGAAUGGGGCUGUGCAUGUUUUCAAGGCUACAGCUCAUAUGACUGCAGCAUGCUGUCUGACCAGGCCCCAGAAAUUACAGAGCUGGAGAAUACUGGGCUGUGCGAUAUUCGACAGUAUGACUGCACAUCUGUGAGAGUGUUUGGACAUGGCUUCAGGAACUCAUUGAACCUGAAAUGUGAAAUCAUCAAAUUGCAAUAUAGUAAUAGACAAUGGAUUCCUGGAGAACCUCUAACUGUGCCAGCUGCCUUCCAAAAUGCCAGGACUGUUGAAUGCCAGUUACCAAGUGAUGGCCAGCAGUCUGAUGUCAUGGAUGUGGUUGAUGACAAACCCAUUGCCAGAUGGCAAAUAAAGGUUUCUAAUGAUGGAUUUGUUUAUAGCAACUCUAAAACAAUGAUAUUAUAUGAUGGAGCCUGUCACACCUGUGAACCACAAGAAUCUGGGUUAUGUAUGUUAAAGGAGAAAACAUGCAACAUAGAUGGACUCUGUUAUGGUGAAGGAGACACAAAUCCAACCAGCCCUUGCUUACUGUGCAGACCUGACUUAUCAAAGUUAACUUGGUCAGUUGUUGAAAGUAACCAGCCUCCAGUGCUUGAAAAUUUUCAGCGUGUGCUGCAGACAUUUUAUGGAGAAAAUUUUUUAUAUCAGUUUUUGGCUUCAGAUCCAGAGGGCUCUGCUAUUCAUUUCACAUUGGAUUCUGGUCCAGGAGGUGCCAGUCUUUCCCCAUCAGGUCUCCUUUCAUGGAAAGCUGUGUCAAUGAAUGUCCACAAAUUAACAUUUUCUUUGACAGAUGACUGCAAUGCCACGACCAAGGUAGAAAUAGAGGUCAGUGUAAAAUCAUGUGAUUGCCUAAAUAAUGGCUCAUGUGUGACAAACAUUAAUUUCCCACCUGGAAGUGGAAGAUAUCUUUGUGUGUGUGUGGCUGGAUUUGAAGGUGAUCUCUGUCAAGUGAAUACUGAUGACUGUAAACUUAACCAGUGUGGUAUUGGCAGAUGUGUGGAUGGAAUAAACAGCUAUUACUGUGAAUGUCCACAUGAACUUCAAGGUAAAAAUUGUCAAGAGGAUGUAGAUGAAUGUGCAUCCAGUCCCUGCUUCCCUGGAGUGUUUUGUUUCAAUACUUUUGGUUCUUACUAUUGUGGUCCAUGCCCAAAUAAUCUUCAAGGAGAUGGGAAGUCAUGCCAUGAAAGCUUUGAUGACACUGAUGUUGAAAGGAAGGAUUCCAGAGGAGAAGUUGGAGAAAAUAAAGGUUUUCAGCCAUCAUCCUUUGAGAAGGUUUUAAGCAUGUCAGGUUAUAUUCCCAGUUCAACAGAUGUCCCAAAGAGAUUUAUUUCUACAGAAAUGGUCGGUAGCAGCACACUACCAGUCUCCACAGUAAAAACAAUCACUGCCUGGAAGACACCUGAUUCUCAGAGAAGUGCUUCUGUACAACCUGUGGUUACUGGGAACAUUGCUCAUGCUCUAGGCACCAUCAGUGGUCACCUUGCUGACAUGGAAAACAGUUCUUCAGUACAUGCUGUAAAGGCCGCAUCUUCAAAGAGCCAUGCUGCAUCACCUGAGAAUAAAACUAGGACACAAGUUGAGGCCUUCAGCUAUUUUGAGAACAGCAGGAAGACUUCCCUUAGCAGCACAGCAAGUACAAGCAAAGGACAUUCUUUGCCAAACAAAGCAUUCAAAGGUGGAAAUCCUCAAAGAGUUCUGCACCUAUUAACUAAGCAUCAAGCAAGUCAUUUACCUUUUACCCUUGUGGAAGUCACUGUCCCACCAAAAAUGCUUCCUGAAGAAUUGAGCAAAACAGUGAUUCCUAAAGCAGUGACCUGUUCUGAUUUACCCUGUUUUCCUGGCGUUCCCUGUGAGCCAAGGCAGGAUGGAAGUGUCAAGUGUGGUCGCUGUCCUUAUGGUUAUUAUGGAGAUGGCUUCACUUGCAGAGCAAGAUGUAGACAACCCUGUGGCAAAAAUAUGGAGUGUGUGGCACCCAAUAUUUGUAAAUGCAAGCCUGGUUAUGCUGGUCAUAACUGUCAGGCUGCUCUAUGCAGACCUGAUUGCAAAAACCAUGGGAAGUGCAUUAAGCCAAACAUCUGUGAGUGUUUACCUGGAUACAGUGGCUCCACCUGUGAAGAAGCACGUUGUAAACCACCGUGUCAAAAUGGAGGCACCUGCUUGGCCAGAAAUCUCUGCACCUGCCCAUAUGGUUUUGUGGGACCAAGAUGUGAUACAAUGGUUUGCAACAGGCACUGUGAAAAUGGUGGCGAAUGUCUCACUCCGGACACCUGCCAGUGUAAACCUGGCUGGUAUGGACCUACCUGCAGCACAGCAAUGUGUAAUCCUGUGUGUCUCAAUGGUGGUUCCUGUACUAAGCCAGAUGUUUGCCUGUGUCCACAUGGAUUCUUUGGUGCCCACUGUCAGAAUGCUGUCUGCAGCCCUCCUUGUAAGAACGGUGGUCAUUGCAUGAGAAAUAAUGUCUGUACCUGUCCUGAUGGGUACACAGGCAGAAGAUGUGAAAAAAGUGUCUGUGAGCCAAGGUGUAUGAAUGGAGGAAGAUGUGUAGGUCCAAACAUUUGCUCUUGUCCUUCAGGGUGGAGAGGACAAAGAUGUAACACUCCAGUCUGUCUUCAGGAAUGUAAGAAUGGUGGGGAGUGUAUUGGACCGAGUACCUGUCAUUGUCCUCCACAGUGGGAAGGAUUGCAGUGUCAAACACCUGUGUGCAACCAGAAGUGUCUGUUUGGAGGCAAAUGUGUAUUGCCCAACGUGUGCUCUUGUCGUCCAGGUUAUACUGGAGUCCUCUGUGGGAAGAAAAUUCAGGUACAAAGACAUCCUGGUUGAAGAAGUGUGGCAAUUCAAUUGCAAUACUGCAUGGAUGUAUGAGACUUGAAAAUACCAAAAGGGUUGAAGGCAAUUUCAGAGUCAUUUAAAUGAAAGGAAUAUUCAGAAGCCUUAUUUUAAAUGAGUCAUAUAAUCACAAAUGUUGGUGAGCUUCAAAACAACAAUCUUAUAGUCAGUAAAACAUAUGUAUAUUCCUGUAAUUUUUUGCUACCUCAUGUACAAACCCCACAGCCUCUGAUGUCUUCACUGAAUUCCCAGAUCAGAUGACUGAGCCCAAAAUCCUGUAGUUUAUUCAACUGGACUAUGGAAUUUCUGUUGAGGGAACAAGACUGUAGCAGCUGUUGGGUGACUCUAGCAAGGAAGGCAGCGCUUCUGCACUUGUGGAUGGUACCUCCUGUUUACAAACACUGUUUACAUAGAUAUUA